AUGACGAUACAACAAAGAAUCUCGCAAAUUGCAUCAGACAUUUCUGGCCAACUUAAUAUUUUAGUUGCAAACUGUGCUUAUUUUUCUUUGGCUGUGGAAGAAUCCACUGACAUAUCAUCAACAACACAAGUGAUUGUGUUUAUUAAAAGUGUUUCACUAGAUUUUAUUGUGAAUGAAGAAUUUCUUGGCAUGGCAUCACUUUCUGGACAUACAACUGGUGCUGACUUAUUUACUAGUUUAUUGAGCGUUUGCAACAAAUCAGCACUGGACUUUGACAAGCUAUCCAGCAUUGCCACCGAUGGAGCACCAUCUAUGGUUGGAUGUGAGAAUGGCAUGGUCACCUUGCUGAAAAACCACCUUGGGGACAGGCAAAAGGAGUUAGUCCAGUAUCAUUGCAUAAUUCACCAACAGCAACUUUGUGCAAAGAAGCUGGGAUUUGAACGUCUGCUGAAAGAUGUAUAUGAUACUGUGAACUUAAUCCGCCGUCAUGGACUCAACCAUCGACUCUUCACAUCAUUUCUUGAAGAAAUAGAUGCUGAUUAUGCUGACCUGCCCACGUAUACUGAAGUUUGUUGGCUGAGCAAGGCAGCAGUCCUCAAGAGAUUUGUGGAGCUAUUGGGGCCUAUUAUCACUUUCCUCUAA